AUGGAAUCAACAUCUACCUCGGCUUCUUUCUCCAAGUUGCGCUCACAGCCUUUGGACACAUCUUCUGUCCUUUACCCUACUUUAACAGUCCAUCCUCCUCCUGUCGGUCAUAAUAUACUUGUCUUGUCACUGUCUCACAUUAGCUCAGCUCCGCCUACACUGAGCAAUGAUGAGCUGUUUGCCAUUGUCCUUCGAAGACUGGAGCCUUGGGUUGGGGAAGAAGGAGAAGGUGGCUAUGUCUUGGUAGUGCUGGCUGAUGAGAACGCAAACGGUACUAGUAGUUUGAAAGGUAAAGAGAAGCGAAGGCUGCCUGGAAUUGCAUGGUGGGUCUGGAAAUGGAAACGAUUGCCAAGAAAGUAUCGAAAAAAUCUGAAACGACUGUACGUCGUACAUCCCUCAAUGUUCACUCGUACUUUACUGCCGUUCAUUGUACCCUUUGUCUCCCCCAAGUCAUACGCUAAACUUCAUCCUCUUCCUUCGCUACUGUCCCUUUACCAUAUCCAUGCUGUUCCCAUGAAAGGUAUCGAUGUAUCUCUUCCAGUGAUUGAGGCAGAAGCUCGCAUGCUACGUGAAAGGCCUGAUUUACUGCCUCUCGUACCACCAAAGAACGGAUUCAAUGCACCUCCUUUGAGAAGAGGGGAUAGUCAAACAAGCUUAGCAAGCUGGGGAUAUCAAACAGUAUCGUCUGCAAUGGGUGCUGCUGCUGCGUAUCUACCUUUUUCUCCACUGAACCAGGAAAGGUCUGAGCAGUCAUCGAAGAAAACGCAAGCAGACCAAAGAAGGGGCUACUGGGGAAGAAAAGCUGAAGAUGUACUUCACGAUUGUGGUGAAAGUAUUCCACCGCUAUUAAUAGAGAUGAGGAAGGUCAUAUUGAGGGAAUGUAUAAAUACGGAAGGGGUGUUUAGGAGAAAUUCGAAUUCAUCAAUUCUACCCGCACUUGUCGGUAUUCUUGAUCUACCAAUUGGGCAGCAACCAAAUCUACCAUGGACAGAUAUAGCGAAGGACGACCCUUUACUUCCUCCUAAAAUCCUCAGUCGAUUCUUCGCAGAGCUCGCUGAACCUCUUAUCACACCCGAUCUGUAUGAAGUUAUCAGGAAUCUCAAUAAGCCGGAGGAUAUCAGAACGCGAUUCCUCUCUUCUUUGCAAUCACCAAGGAGUCAGCUACUCUCUUACAUGGUUCAUAUACUACACCACUUAUCUUUACAUUCAUCGACGACUAAAAUGACUGCCCUGAAUCUAUCAAUUGUCCUUGCCCCGGUCCUGAUAUCAGGUCCCGACCCUGUCGAAGAUACGAUAUUAUGUCUUGAGCCUUCUAAGCCUCUUCCGAUUGGUCUAAAGAUAAUGGCGGAGGAAAAUGGACUGAAGGGAGGACAAGGAACACUGGUUGGGCUCUUAGAAUUGUGGAUAAAACACUAUCCGUUCAUCUCAGGUGCUACGUUGACGAAAGAUGAGGAAAGAUGUAAUUGUCUUUGGGAAAAUGGGGGCUCUUCUUUAGAUGAACGGCGAGCUUCGGUAGUGGGUAAAGGGGGAAGUAGGAGACAUUCGUUACUUGCUUCAAUGGUGGGAGGGAAAGGAAGAUCAUCUAUGGAGACCAGUAACUCAACAGAAGAAUACGAAUCCCCCAUUAGCAGAGGGAAUAGAGAUCAUUGGCCUCAAUAUCACGUACCACGUUAG